AUGGCUGGUAAGUUCUUUGAGUCAAUAGAGGAGGCUUAUAGCACGCGAGAUUUGUACGAGGUAUUAGGCGUUACCAAAACAGCUAGCGAGUCAGAAAUCAAACGAGCUUAUCACAAACUGUCAUUGAAAGUUCAUCCUGAUCGUGUUCCUCCUGACGAAGUGAAGAUAUCUACAACUAAGUUCCAAGAUAUUCAAGAUUUUGAGAAGAAAUAUAAAAACUCAGAAGAAGAAGCCGAGUGUCUCCGUUCAGCAUACAUGGACUAUGAGGGUGACAUGGAUAAAAUAAUGGAUUCUGUAUUGUGUGCUCGUAUAGAGGAUGAGCCUCGUUUUAGAGGUUUAAUAGCAGGAUGGAUUGCUGAGGGAUCAGUUCCCUCAUAUCCUCCUUUAUGGGAGAAACAGAGAAGAAACAAAAGAAACGAAAGAGGGAAAUAUGAUAAAGAAGCUGAGAAGGAGAUGAGACGAGAGAUGGGACUGAAAGAUGAUGUAUUCAACACACCUGGGACCAUGACUGGAGAAGGCCUGGAGAGUGCUGAGCCAAGAUAUGAGAGCUUGGCUCUGCAAUAA